AUGGCAAGAGUAAGAGGGUUCGGAAUCACUACUGUCGGUAUAGUAGCUGUCGCUAGUGUAUACAUGGGUAUAAACUUUUUCCAACCGAUCGUGGUCGAACAACUACGUAAGGAUGGCAAUCUAAGGAGUGAUAUAGACCUUCCCAAAUUCGAUAAAGACGGAAACGUUAUUGUCACCGAUAAGGACCGUGCCACCAACAGCCCUGGGAACCCAACCCAACCUCCACAGACAACAACUCCAGACCAGACAAACCCUUAA